GUUAGGUUAGGUUGGGUGGGAAUCCUAUUCUACAGAUUGUAUAGUGUUUUGGGUUUGGGUGUGAUCGUUGAAGUUAGUCAUCAACUGAAAUGCUACUUUAGUUUAAAUAAUGAAUACCAAAUACCAGACUCACGCAAUAUUUUUCGUGAUUUCAUUUAAUCUAGUUUUAGGAGAUUAUUAUGAGUGUAAUGAACCUUUGUUGGAAAAUGCUCAGCUUAGUGCAACAUCCUCUUUAAGGGAACGGGGUCCAGAAAAUGCAAGACUUGAUGAGGGUAGUGCCUGGACAGCAAGGGAUUCUGAUUUUGACCAAGCUUUGGUUGUUGAUCUGGGCGAAGUAAGGAAAAUAACUGGUAUAGCCACUCAAGGUCGCCCCCAUUCAAUGGAAUUCACUCGAGAAUAUACUAUCAGCUAUGGAUCAAAUGGUCUUGACUAUGCACAAUACAAGGAACCAAGUGGAAACAUCAAGAUGUUCAAAGGAAAUAACGAUGGUGAUAAUACAAGAAGAAAUACUUUUGAAGGACCUAUUAUUGCUCAAUGGAUAAGAAUCAAUCCAACUCGUUGGCAAGAUCGUAUAUCUCUAAGACUUGAACUGUAUGGCUGUGAUUAUGUGGCUGAAAAUAUGCAUUUUAAUGGUUCUUCUCUGGUGAAAUGGGAUCUUAAGUCAGGACCUGUUUCUGCAACAAGAGAAUCAAUAAGAUUUCGCCUCAAGACAUCAAAUGCAGAUGGUAUACUUCUUUAUAGCAGAGGCUCUCAAGGAGAUUUUAUUGCUUUACAACUGCGACAAAAUAGACUUAUUUUCAAUAUUGACCUAGGUUCUGGGCUGACAACAAGUUUAUCUGUGGGUAGUCUUCUUGAUGAUAACUUAUGGCAUGAUGUAGUAAUAUCCCGUAACAGGAGGGAUAUAGUAUUCUCAGUUGACAGGGUUAUGAUUAAUGGCAGAGUCAGAGGAGAGUUUAAUCGUCUAGAUCUCAACCGUGAGAUGUAUAUUGGAGGAGUCCCAAAUAUUCAAGAAGGAUUAGUAGUUAGUCAAAAUUUUACUGGUUGCUUGGAAAAUCUGUACUUUAAUGGUACUAACAUUUUGAGUGAAGUUAAAUCUGCAUAUGAUACAGGAGAUGAUUGGUUAUUAAUGAAGUAUAAAAGAGUUAAUACGUUGUACUCUUGUCCUGAUCCCCCUAUUGUCCCAGUUACAUUUUUAACUUCUAAUUCUUAUGCCAAGCUGAAAGGAUAUGAAGGAAUAUCAGCUUUUAAUAUAUCUCUUGGCUUUCGAACAUAUGAAAACAAUGGACUCCUUCUUUACCAUAAAUUUACUUCACGUGGAUAUGUCAAGUUAUUCUUAGAGCAAGGCAAAUUAAAAGUCGAAAUCGAAACUCAGAAGUAUCCGAUGUCAUUAUUAGACAAUUUUGAUGAAAGAUUUGAUGAUGGGCAGUGGCAUAACUGCAUGUUGACAAUUUCCAACAAUUCCUUAGUAUUAACAGUUGACAAUAGGCCCAUGAGAACUACCAAACUUAUUCAACUUAUCACUGGCUCAACUUAUCUAGUAGGAGGAGGAGUACAUGGGAAUGCAGGCUUUGUCGGUUGCAUGAAAAUGAUCAGCAUUGAUGGAAAUUACAAACUACCUACAGAUUGGACUCCUGAGGAAUAUUGUUGUAACAAUGAAAUUUUGUUUGCCUCUUGUCAAAUGAUGGAUAGAUGUAACCCCAAUCCGUGCGAGCAUGGUGGACUUUGCAAUCAAACCUCUAACGAGUUCAGCUGCGAUUGUACUGGAACUGGUUAUUCUGGUGCUGUUUGCCAUACUUCCUUGAAUGCAUUAUCCUGUGAAGCCCAUAGAAAUACCCAUACAGUUGAUGAAAGUGCUGACAUUACAGUAGAUAUUGAUGGCAGUGGCCCACUGCCUCCAUUUCGUGUUACAUGUGAAUUUGAAGGUGAUGGUAGAACUAUUACUGUAGUACAUCAUGCAAAUGAAGAAAACUCAGUGGUAGAUGGCUUUCAGGAACCUGGUAGCUUUAGACAAGAUAUCUCUUAUGAUGCAGAUUUUAAACAACUCGAAGCUCUUACUAACCGGAGUAAAACUUGCUCACAAUAUAUUCAUUUUCAAUGUCGUCAGGCCAAACUACUUAAUUCUCCAUCGAAUGAAGAGAACUUUCAUCCAUUCUCAUGGUGGGUUUCUCGAAAUAACCAGAAGAUGGAUUAUUGGGGUGGAUCAAUUCCUGGAUCAAGAAAAUGUCAUUGUGGUUUGAUGGGCUCUUGUAUUGAAGAAACUAAAUGGUGUAACUGUGAUUCUGGUUUUGACAGCUUCCAGACUGAUGAAGGCGAACUGACUGAUAAGAAUGAAUUACCUGUUAGGCAACUCCGCUUCGGAGACACUGGAGGGCCAUUAGACGAGAAAUCAGCCUCUUAUAGGCUAGGUCCACUUCGUUGUGAAGGAGAUGAUUUGUUUAAUAACGUGGUUACGUUCAGAAUUACUGAUGCGUCUAUUGACAUUCCUACAUUUGACAUGGGCCACAGUGGAGAUAUUUAUCUUGAAUUUAAGACAACAUUGGAUAAUUCUGUUAUUCUGCACAGUAAAGGACCCUCUGAUUUUAUCAAAUUGGCUUUGACUGGUGGGGAUAAGUUACAGUUUACUUAUGAAGCUGGAGGGGGUCCUCUUGGUGUAAGCAUUGAGACGUCUCAUAAGUUAUCCGAUAAUAAUUGGCAUUCUGUUGUUAUUGAAAGGAACAGGAUUGCUGCAAGGAUAAUUCUGGAUGGAGCUUUAAAGUCAGAAGUUAAAGAACCUCCAGGUCCAGUCAGGGCUCUUCAUCUUACUUCCCCACUCGUUGUUGGUUCAACUGUUGAUUAUCGUGAUGGUUUUACUGGAUGCAUUAGAGCAAUGCUUCUGAAUGGAGUUCCUAUUGAUUUAAGGAGCUAUGCAGAAAAAGGAAUCUAUGGAGUUAGUACAGGAUGUGUAGGAAGAUGUGAAAGUAACCCAUGUUUAAACAAUGGAACCUGCCAUGAAAGGUAUGAUGGGUACUGGUGUGAUUGCAGGUGGACUGCUUUCAAAGGACCGAUUUGUGCUGAUGAAAUUGGAGUUAAUCUACGACCUAGUUCACUUAUAAAAUAUGAUUUCAUGGGUUCAUGGAGAUCUACUCUUUCCGAAAAGAUUCGUGUAGGCUUUACAACAACAAAUCCAAAAGGAUUUCUCCUUGGUUUUUUUUCAAAAAUAACAGGAGAAUACCUUGUAAUAUCUAUAUCGAACAGUGGUCAUUUGAAAGUUGUGUUUGAUUUUGGAUUUGAAAGACAAGAAUUAAUAUUUCCAAAUAAGCACUUUGGCUUGGGACAAUAUCAUGAUGUUCGACUGACACGUAAGAAUUCAGGAGCUACAAUGAUAUUAACUGUUGAUAAUUAUGAGCCUAAGGAAUAUCAUUUCAAGGUUAAAGCUUCAGCAGAUGCACAAUUUAACAAUAUCCAGUACAUGUAUAUUGGUCGUAAUGAAUCAAUGACUGAAGGAUUCAUUGGUUGCGUUUCCAGAGUGGAAUUCGAUGAAAUUUAUCCACUUAAAUUGUUGUUUCAACAAGACGGACCUUCUAAUGUUAGAUCUCUGGGAGGAACUUUAACAGAAGACUUUUGCGGUGUGGAACCUGUUACUCAUCCACCAAACAUGAUAGAAACCCGCCCGCCUCCACCCAUCGAUGAAGAAAAAUUAAAAGAAAUCUAUAGUACUACUAGUUCAGCGGUUAUUGGAGGAAUAGUGGCUUUGAUAUUACUGAUAUUGAUAUUAGCUGCUUUAUUGGGAGGAAGGUAUAUAGCACGACAUAAAGGUGAGUAUUUAACACAGGAAGAUAGGGGUGCUGAGCUUGCCCUUGAUCCUGAUGAGGCUGUUAUUGAAUCCACAAGAGGCCAUCAAGUUCAGAAGAAAAGGGAAUGGUUUAUUUAAUUAGCAAUACGGUUAGCAUAAUUUAGUGGUUUAUGCACACAUUUCAUAAUUGAGUUCUCAAAGCAGUUGAGCCGCAAGGGAAAUGCUUGAAAAUCAUUCUACAAUCCAUGACAUGACCAAUAAGGUGUUACAAUUUUUAAAAUCAUAGGCUGAUAAUACUUCUUUUUCUAUUUAAUUACUAAAAUUUAAACUAAUACAUAAAAAAAACCAUUCCUUUUUUAAAAUAAGGAACUGUUAUAAAAGUUGUUAAGUUUUAUAUGUACAGUUAAUCCCAUACCAACAUAAAAUGAAAUGUGUGCAUUUAUUUAUUUUUAUUAGCUAUAUUACAAAACAGUGCCUAAAGUUUAAUUUUAGGGGAAGGGGGGUUAUGCUGCAGAAACAUCCAAAGCCUUUUGACAAGACUAACAUUAUAUUGUACAUGGUUCAUCGAAUCAGAUUGUAUUAUAAGAAGAAUCUCUUACAUAAGUUAUUGUGUAGAUCUGGUUGAGUAGUUGAUCAUUUUGUAUUUUUGGCUAUAGUUUGUUUAACUAGGAUUUUAGAUUAGAAAUUGUGCUUAAAAUUAAUUCGAGUUCUCUUAUGUUGGCACUGGUAACGUACAAUAAAAUGAAUCUCUAUUUCAAUUAACACUCAAUACUAAGUCUUUGCAAUGAAAAGUAUUAUUUGAAUCGUCCAUUUUUUAUAUUGUUUUAAUUUAUAUUUUCUUAUCAUGUUGUUUUUUGUUUGUAAAUUUUAUUUUUAAACUAAAAAUUAGUUUAUAUGUCAGUUUUAUGAGCUUGUUUAAUAUUGUUUAUUAAUAUUUGUUUGCUCCUAAGGUAAAAAGACAUCUCAUUCAUUGGUGUAUUUGUUUUACAAUCAAUGAGCUCAUUUACACCUUUUGUAUAUAUAACUUCAACGUUCUUCAACAGAACAGUUUUACCAUGUUAAUAUUUGUGUUCAAAGUGUAUUUUCUUUUUUUUUUAAAGUAAAUUAUUUUAUAUUUAUAUAUAUAUAGGAAGCAUUUAAAUAUUAAUUCUUUCACCUGAAUAAGAAUAAGUUUAAUUAUCAACAAAUGAUUGGUUUAGUUUUUUAUUAAAAUUGUAAUGAUGUAUCAUUUAUUUUAAAUUGAAUUAUUUUAAUCAGUGAAGAAUAAUCUCAAUGUUUUUUUUAAACAUCUUAUUAAGUCUGCACUAAAAGAAAGCAUUUCCUGAUAUGAAGUUAAAUUCCAAUAUAGCAAUAGCUAAUGUUAUAUUAAAGAUGUGACAAAUGUAGGCCUUAAUUAGAAAAACCAGCUAUAAACAUGACUACAAUUUCAUCAUAAUCUUGUUUGACACAACAUAAUUUAGGCAUGUUUGGGAUUGUUCGUCACUGGUCUUAAUAUAUAUAUAUAUUUUUGGUACA